AAGAGGACGCUUUGAUCGUAUUGAGAAAAUGAACAAUAUUGAUAGUCAGAACCAAAGUUUACUUGAUCAUAAUGGAAGCAUCACCACUUCGUCUGGUAAGAGUACAACGGGAUAUUACGAAUUGAUAGCGAUAUCAGUGCUAUAUGGAAUUCUGCUGGUGGCAAUACUAGCUGGAAAUGGGCUAAUACUCGCUUCUUUCGUUAUCAACAAAAAACUACGAACUAUCACCAACAGGCUUGUCGUUGGGUUAGCUAUAAGUGACGUUCUGGUGGGAUUGGUAUCCAUCCCGUGCUGGAUGUACGUUUUUAUUUGUCAGUUCAAGGGAAUCACAUACAAUAGUUGGGUCUACCAGUUUUACAUUGUUUUUGACAUAUUUAUUGGGAGCGCGAGUAUUCUUCAACUUACAGCUAUUGGCAUCGAGAGGUGUCAUGCCGUUGUCAGGCCAUUUCGUCACCGAACACUUCCAAAACGGGCGUUUUAUGUCAUGGUAUCGGUUCCCUGGUUUUAUGCUGGCUUUGUUGCUGUUCUUCAGCCUGUUCAGUACAAGAGUUGGAGAGAAGUCUACACUAUUCUCAUGACCACGACGUGUUUUCUAGGACCACUAUUGAUCAACGUGCUAUCUUAUUCCUGUAUUGUCAAGUUUGCGCAUUCCAAGCCCCGACGCAACCUAACAGAGCAAAGAAUCCCAAACUCUGUUUACCGUAAGGAAAUUAAACUCGCUGUUACGGUGGCAUUGAUAACAGCUCUCUUUGUGGUUGCUUGGUUACCGCUGUUUGUUGUGACGGUGAUAGGCACCUAUCAUCCUCAGAACCUUCCUUCCCCUGUAUGGAGCGACCGAUUGAUCAAGUUUGUCAAAUGGAUGCAUUAUGGAAACAGCGCUGUUGAUCCUUUUUUCUACGCCUACAGAAAUAAAGAUAUCAUUCUAACGUUCCGUUUCAUCGUCCUCAGACUUUUUUGCCGAAAAGUGACGCUUAUGGAGUUACACCAUGUUACUGGUUGCAACAAAGGAGCAUCUACGAAAGCUUCAAUUUUUAAGAACAGUUGCCAUAAAGACGAACGAAAACCGUUUCAUUCUGUAAUUAGAAUUUCAUCUUCUAAUAAUAAUGAACAGUCUACAGUAUAAUUAAGCAAGCAGGUAUAGAAUAGUCGAAAAUGUUCGAAUCAGGAUAAACAGCAAACAAUAACCAAUAUUUGAUAGGAAGGAUUAUUUGAUAUUGUUAGAGUGAUUGCUGCAAAUCCUUCUGUCCAAAAUGAUUUAGAAUUCAAUUUUGAAAUAAAAGUCGUAUCAUAAAUAAAGGAAGAGAAAAAAAAGAUGAAAGGAAGAAGAUAAGGAGGCCAACACAAUCCAAUUAUUUUGUCAUCUUUUUACUUUACAACCGAGUUUGACUGAUUCAAGCUUGAAUUAUUGAUCUUUGCAUGGUUAUUAAGAGUUCAUUUAUAAGCUUAUCCACAGUCUUAGAAGAGCUUACAGAGGAUUUUGUACGACCAUAAACGCUUGUAUAGUCUUGACACGAAGCUUGAGUGAAUUUCCUUUCAAUACACGACACUAAAAUAGCUUACAGAUGCAAUCGCUGUGUUUGUAUAGUGUGCGUUUCUCGUGUAUAAUUGGCUCAGACUGGCGCAUAAGAAAUCUGCUCUAAUCUAGUGUCAGUUCUUUGUACUCGCUUAAGCUGGUUGUUUGUUCUUUAUUGUUUUGUUUUGUACAUUAAUGGAAAUAAUUCAUUCGAUCAUAGAAGCUAGUAUAAGGAAUUUAUUUUGUCGUUUUUAAGGAAAAGAAAUGCCACGAAUUCCACUGAGCAAAAGUGUGAUUUCUUUUGUGAUUUAUGUAAGCCUCGCAUCUAAUAAGAUAUUUUUGAGCUUGCAUUCUACUGGUAAAAAAGUAAUAUUACGAAAGAGAAUGACGCCUAACAAUAGUAUAAGGUCAAUUUAUAGUUUAAGAAUCGUUUUCAGUACGCAUGCGAUUUUAUCCCGAAUU